AACAGACCCGUACCCAUUGACGGUCGUCAUCCUACACUAGACCACUUCGCACGAAGCUUGCGUGGAAGACACAAGCAUUGCGCCUUUCUACAGUGCUGUCUGUUUAUUCUGUUUGAAGGUGAUAAGUCCAGUUUAGCACAGUGUUAGAACUGUUUCGAUUCUUAACAGCUGGACUGUCUUACUCUGCUCAUAAGGGCUAGGCCUGAGUAUCCGCGCGACUUGGGUUCCUCCCCUUUUAUCUAGCAGAAACACAAUUUGUCGGUGUUGCGUGGCUACGAAGAAAUACCGGAGAUCGCGAUGCAAAUAUAGGGUGCAAUCUUUGCGGUGCAUUUCGAAUCGGGUUAUUAGGAAUUUCAACGCGCGAUAUUGAAGCGAAAUCCUUUUUUCGUGUUUUAGUGAUCUGACUCUCAUGGCAGCAACCAUGUCAUCUCCUCCGACCUCUCAACCGGAGCAUGUCGCAUCCCCAAAUCUCGCUCCGCUUUCUGCUCCUCUAGGCGCAGAUAAGCCAGUCAAGCGGGGAAGCCUGCAGCGCCCGAACUCAUACACCAGAGAUCGGUUAUCUACAUACUCAACUGCUUCAUUAGCUUCCCAGAAUAAAUCGCGUCCGGUAUCUUAUGUCAUUCCGGCAUUCCAUUCGAGCUUGCCUUAUACUCUUGUCCGGGACUUUGCGUACCCGCCAGUGCAUCCUCUCCAUUACGGCCCGCCUCCUGUGCCCUCUGGGGUCACGACUCCCAUGAGUGAGAAUCGGCGACUUUCCGAUCCACCGCCAUCAACGUGGGAUAGCUCGAGGGGGCAGUGGUCAGCGGGACCUUGGACCACCGAAAAUAUCUACGGACAUCAGCAAUUACCUGCUAUGUCUUUUGGUGACGGUCCCCCAUACAGUGAAGAUGAGGACCUGCAUAGUCCGGUGGUGACGACCUCGCGUCACCGGAAAAACAGGUCUGGAGCAGGCUACGAUGGGAGAAGGGGACGGAGCCCGGGGGACAGUGGUCGAGAAUAUUCUGGGGAUGACCGUGGGCAGUUUAUCAGCAUGAACGGUGAUGGCAGUGAGACAUACUAUGUGCGCGAAGAAGGCGCCACUGAGGAUGGCCCUGGGGGCGAAUUUGUGACCUAUCCAGCAAGCGAAGGCAGAUAUUCACACUUGACUCCUGGGGCUUAUGGCAGCACGGGUGUCGCAGACUAUGUCAAAGGAGAUCAAUAUUUCGAUCCUGAUAUGCUCGAUUCAGACGAUGAAAUUUCGGACACAGACGGCUACUCUCGAGACUACGAAUUCUCAAUAGCCUCACCAGACGAAGAGAUGCACGGGAAGGCUGUGGCGCUUUUUGAUUUCACCAGAGAACAUGAGAACGAGCUUCCACUGAAGGAAGGCCAAGUUAUUCUUGUCUCGUACAGACAUGGACAAGGCUGGUUAGUGGCGGAAGACCCCAAGACAGGCGAAAGCGGUCUUGUUCCAGAGGAGUUUGUUCGACUUCUACGACAUAUCGAGGGUGGCUUGACAUCACUCAACGGGGAGAUCAACAAUGCAGUGGCCGAGAACAAUUUGGAUAUCAACGCUUCAGAUGCAGGCGCAGAUGAAUUUCAGAGCCAGAACAGUUUGAUGCCCGGGAAUGGGCAGAGCAACGGUGGCAGUGGAAGCAUCAGUGAGAAACAUCCCUCUGUGAUAUCAAGAUUUUCUACCAGCAGCAAAGAUCUGGAUCCUUACCCAUCUCACCUUCUAGGUGGCAGUCAGGGGAAGACAUCUCCCCAGCCAGUCGAAGAGUCUGAUGGCGAUCGGACCGAGAAUGGCAAUCCCGCCAGCGCGACGACCUGAAUUCGUGUUGCUGCAGAUAACGGAAAGCCAUGAAUAUUGGUAGAACUAUCACUGUUCAGUUCCCAUUUACUGUCCGCCAUCUCCCUCACGUUUGGGGACUCCGGAUCCACAAAUGCUUGCGUUGUCCGCGCAAGCGCAUUGCGGGCCCCUGGAAACAGCGUGUCGUUGCCCGUCUGGUCCUCUGAGAUCGAUCACUUCUGCUGGCUGGAAGAAGACAUGCAAGUUGGCGGUGCUACGUUCGAUUUCGAAUACGAGCACCCGGGAAGCCAUACAAAAACAUCUCCCGCCCCUUGAUCUCCAUUAACCCUAUCUAUCCCCUCUUCUCUUUGCACAAUGCUCAUCUGCUGAUGAACAUAAUUGAAACUUAUGAAGUCACCUGUAGGAACUCCUCCCUGAACCUCCCUUCAGAUUGGCUCGAUACCCCUCGGUUCGACUAAUUUAGAAGACGAAAAUUCCAAAUUUAGCGUUGCGUAUCGGUGCCGUGCACUUAGCCCCAUG